AUGGGACUUGGAGCCGUUGCCAGGUGUUCAGUGGUACUGUUAUGGAUUACUUUCAGUGGCAUUUGUUUCAAGGUGCUGGGUGGAUCCCAAAGAGUGAUCCCGAGGAAUCUAUUGAGAGGAGUGCACUUGGUAGAUGAUGCAGAGGCCAGCACCUCCACUCAGCCCACCGCAUCGACCAACUCAUCACGUUCCACCACAUCAUCCAUCUCAACAUCGUCCAGUCCUGCGGAUUCAGAGCCAUCGCCACCAUUGCCCAACCAGACACACCAGACACCAAACCACCAGAACCAGACGAAGCUGCAGGUGGACCCGACAAACUUCUCUGAUCGCCUCGAAGUGGCGGGGAGAACUGCCAUUUGCGUGGUGGGCGGCUUGCGAUCCUUCACCUUGCCGAAGAUCUACCAAAGUAUCCUCAAGUUCAAGGCCAAGGUGGACCCCGCCACCGUCUUUUUGGUGAUGCAUGAGACAGCAUCACUGGGCCAUGACACACGCAAGCAGGUCCCCUUUAAGGUGGGAAAGCAGUCCUUGAAGGCUGCGGUGGACGCUCUGCAGCCAGUGCAUGUGGAAGUUCACAGUGACAGUACCUGCAAGCAGUUUGAGAGCGUGGAGCCGAAUGUGAGCUGCUGCAGCGAUGACGUGGUCUCGAACUAUUUGCAGCUCGGAUGGAUCUGGCAUUGCUUGAAUGUCGUGAAGCAGUACGAGGCAGAGCAUAAUGUGACCUUCGAGUUAAUCGUGCGUCUACGGCCAGAUGUGGUGUACUUUGGCUUGGAGUAUUUGCCGUCCAAGGACACCGACUGUCACAAGGGAUGGGAAGCUGAUUCUACAAGGGGCCACACUCCGUGUGGCCCGGGUGCCAGGUUUUCAGUGCCAAGAGCGGCUGCAGAAGAACGGGAUCACCUUGGCACAGAAGCAGAGCAGGAGACGCCGCGAGUGCUGCGGACACCUGGUGACCGUACACCUGGUGACCAAGCAGCGUAA